UGUGAUUAGAGCAGCACCGUCAACGCCAUCUGUUCUGCUCCGCCGCCGUGAAACCAGACUCCGGUCCUCACGGAGGCGAACUAUCCCCGGGGAGGAAGUAGGCGGGUUCUCGCGGGGGAACCGUCCAGCUGCUCUGCCAUUGGUUAGAAACGCUUCCGCGUUUUGGUUUAAAUGUCUGGCGGUGACACCAAACAUCAGUGAGAUGAGAGACUUGUUUCAACUCGUAAAGCAACGUCCACAGCGAGAUGGUGACUAAGAGGAUACGCUCGGAGUACAUGAAGAAAUUCAAAGACCCCAAAUGGGAGACCUACACCAAGUGCUAUGAGGAGAUGCUGAAGUACCGGCUGACCCGCAGGCUGCUGGAGCACACGCACAACCCCUGGUUCUGGAACGGCUCGGACAGUGAGUCAGACUCGGGAGGAAGAAGUCCCCCUCCUCCCGACCACAACCAGGUAGGGCCCGAGACCCAUGGGGGCGGGACGGGGGGCGAGCUGGAGGAGUGUGAGGGGGCGAGGACCACAGGGCCCGUACCCAGGCUUCCCCUUCAACAGGAGGAGGAGAAGAAUGUGUCUGCAGGCUCACAGCUUGAUGGUGUCAAAACGACGAGUGCACCAGAGGAGGAGCAGAGAAACAGCAGUAAACAGUUACCAGCUCCCCGCAGAGAGCGACGCCAAGAGAGAGACUCUGGACAACACAGAUCACAGCAGAGUAAACCCUCCAAACCCUCCAAACAAACUUGGCACUCCCAACGGGUGAGACCUGCACCAGCACGACAGCCCAAGGAGGAUAGUAAGGAGAGCAAACAUUCUUUUGCUCUGUACGGUUCAGGGGAGAAGGCUGCAGACAUUGGGGCCAGAAAGACACACAACGUCGGCCCAGCAGCUUCGACUAAUCAGAUCCAUGACUCGGCUCUGCGUGCCAAAACCAGGCGGGAGGUGGAGCGUCUGAUCCAGACCCAGAGAAGUGAGCGCCGGAGAGCCAAGUCUGCCGAUCUGCACAGGGCCAGGAAGGUGGUUCAACCUGAGUUCAACCCCUGGCUCACUGAGUACAUGCGUUGCUUCACUGCUCGCUCCCGAUAGGAUACACAAACACACACACACACACACACACACACACACACACACACACUGCAGAAAUCAAUAAAUCAGGAUAAUUCCAGACACAAAAAAGUAAGUAAAGCCAUUAUUGCCUACCACCUCUGAGGUUUGAGAACACAUUAUUAUCGAAUAGAGCAUGUGGUUGAUUGAGCCAUACAACCUUUUUUGACCAUGAGUGUACUAUAAUGUUUUUAUAUAUUAAACUAAUUUAAUAUCCACAAUGACACACAUCAGACAGGGUACAUUAGGCUUUUGAAGGAAAUUGUUUUAAGGCCAAUAUAUCAUUACAGUAUGUCUACUGUACUCAGAUGUUUAGAUGAGAAGGAACAAACAUGCUGAAUGCAUUUUACAGCCUUACUUCAAUGCAGUCCCUUUAAACUAAUACGUGUCCAUAUUUUUAUACAUGGAUAUCAAUCCAUAGUGGACUCACAUGGGGGUAUUAGAGGCCCAAGGCAGCAUGUAUGAAUAGAUUCAAUGAUUAAUAUUCCGAGUUAAAACGGGUCCACGGACAGGGAUGCAAAAUACAGCCAAAUACACAAGAAAAAUGAUUUGUACUCCAGUAUCCAUUGUGUGAAGUACAGGGUUUAUUCAGUCAUCCUCACGUGUGCAGAGCACUAUGUUAGUUGACAUACACAGAUUAGCCUGUUUUACAGUUUUCACAUCACUUAAUGCUCUGGACUGGUUCUUUUAGAUUCAUCACUUUGUAUCACGGCAAAUUGAUCUUCUCUGACUUGAUGAUAGAUUGUGAAUCUCUCACACACUGUACUGACACUCAAAACUCGGUUGUGUGAUGCGGAAGUUUAGCUCAUUCUAAUUUUCUUUUAUUAAUGACUAGUAUUGACUAAUAGUUUUGUGACAUGUGUUUGUUCUUCUCGCCUGUUCAUGUGUGUAUAAUUUAUAAACCUGGUGCUAACACAGUGGGAAAAUAUGUGACUUUUAAAGCCAUGGGUGUGACUGUGAACAGUGUGUGUGCUAUUCUGGAUACUGCAGCUUUUCUUUUAUACAUGUUGGUUGUGUAACUGUUUUGAAUACAGCAUAUUUAGGUUCUCUUGAGCACACAAUUGUAAUUUUACUUGAUCAGUCAAAAUGUUUUAGAGCCCAAAGUGGAACUUAACGCAAAGUUGGAUAUAAAGCCAAAGGCAAAAUUACAUCACAUUUGAACUAUUAUUAUAAAUAUAGUGAACAUAACAUAGGCACAUAUUGCUAAUUUACUGCUUACCAGUUAUUGUUAUACUCUCUAAAACACGACCAAAUCAAACAGCACUUUGAUUUCUAGUCACCUUUCUUGAAUAAUUGUACAGAAUUAUUUGUUAUUACUAUUCUGUAUAAAGUUUAGGUUUUCAUGUAAUUUGUUAAUCUUUUAAAUCUCUGUAUACUUGUUGGUAUGUUUUUGUGAAUGUAUUGAAGGUCAAUGUUAUUUGUACUUACUUGAGAAGACUAAAAUGCAUUUUUUUUAUCCUUUGUGUGUAAUGGAUGUGAUCUUUUCUUGACUGUUGAGACCAUGAGAAAUCAGAUCCCGCGUUCCGUAAUCAUGAUGAAAUCAGUGCUGUGCCAUAAAGAUGUGAAAAAUGUUAUAUUUUUCCCCUUUGCAACUCU